AGUAAAUUCUUAAGGAAGAAAUCCGAAAUACUUUGCAAUACUUUUAACUCUCUUCAACUCGAAAAUGGUUUGCAAGGGCUGUGGCACAAACUGCAAGUGCACCGACGCCAAGUGCGGCGACAACUGCGCGUGCAAUCAGGACUGCAAGUGCGUCUGCAAAACGGGCACCAAGGAGCAGUGCUGCAGCACAAAGACCAAGUAAACAGUCUAAGUAAACGGAUAUUGUUGCAAUUAAGCAGACAUCAAGCACUCAUCUCUGAGUGAAUGCAAACAAAUGGAGCUGCUACGGAAAAAUGUGAAA